AUGCAUAUCUCCAAGAAUUCUAGGUAUGUUUUAAGGAGUGCACAAUGCAUAUCUCCAUCAUCUUAUUUUUUAGAUCGUUUUAAAUGUACGACAACAACGAAAAACGUUUACGUUAAAUCCCCGAAAGAUGAUCCUAAUAAACCUCCGCUUAGACUUAACAUACCAAUGGAAGAUGUGAUAAAACAAGAACAGCAACAACAACAACAACAACAACAACAAACAUUCAUUUCGUACGAAACAAAAGGGGAAUUAAAUAAUAAUAAUAAUAAUAAUUUAACAGAAUCUAAAACGAAAAAUCUUUUAACGUGUCAAAACAAUACAACAACAAAUUAUACGAAAAAUUUCAACGGAGAUAUAACGGAUGAAAAAAAUAAAAAAAUUUUCAUUCAAAAUUUUCAAAAUGUCCCGUGUAAGGAUUUUAAUGACAUUUAUAAAGGAAAUGUACACGAUCCCGUACAUAAUUUAUUAACCACCAAUUGUUUCGAUGGAAAAUUAUAUGAUAAAAAAAAUAUAACGGAAUUGAAUACGUCACCGUCAUCGUCACCGUCAUCGCCACCGUCACCGUCAAACAAUAAUAAUAAUAAUAAUAAUAAUAAUGAUCAAUAUGAAACGGGUAAAAAAUCAUCAUUAUCAUCAUCAAACGAUAGAGAACAAAAUGACGAUAAUACCACCAACGCCACAACAACGGGUUUAUAUAUAAUUAUAGAUUUACCUUACGGUGAACAACAACAACAACAACAACAAUCUAAUCCCACGUCUGAACAAAUGGUUCAAAACGUAGUAACAACGACAGAUUUGGAAAAUGAUGAAAAAAAAAAUAAAAUUAUGAAAAAAAUUAAUAAUAAUGAUAAUGAUAAUAAGAGUAAAAGUUUAAUUUGUUUAACGAAUAAAAUGGAUGACGUACGAUCGAAUCCAAAUGUUAAAUUUCAGGUUCACGAAAUCGACGAACCUUCAACCUACGUAUUUCAUUUGAAAAUAAAUAAAAAAAAUUCACAUGAUAAAAUCUAUUCUGAACAAUCCGUUAAAGAACCUGGACUGGGGAAUGAAGUAGUCGAAGAAGAAAUACCUUAUAAAUCGAAAAGCGUACCUGCAUUAUCCGCAACGUCAACGGCUGAACCUUUAGAAGUUGAAAUAAGGACGAUAGAUGAACCUUUGGAAGAGGUUAAAUACACGCAGGAUAAAAUUCAACAUCGUUUAUAUAAUGAAAAAAAAGAUUUGAGAAAAUUAAAAGGGAAAUCGCCAUCGUGGACGAAGAAAAAAUAUAAUAGAGUCGAACAAAAUUAUAAAAAUAAAAAUUUUUCAUCACAUAAAAAAAAUUAUUAUUAUCAUUCGGAUUUCGAUGACGAAACGGAAACGAAUAAUCAAAAAGAUUUAUUUAAUUAUCAUCAUCAUCAUCAUCAUCAUUCGACAAACGAAAAUAAAAAUAAAGAUGGCGAAUAUCAGCAACAACAACAACAACAACAACAACCAGAAAUAUCCGAAGGUUCGUUUCCUCAAGAUGAAAAUUAUUUUAAAUCCGAUGAAAAUUUAUUAAAUAAAAAUCUCAAAGGAAAGUUAAGAAAAAAAGUUAAAGGAGGAUGUAAAACUUAUGAAAACUACGUGCAAAACUACGACGGAACUCAUACUAAUAAUAAUAAUAAUAAUAAUAAUAAUCAAUUUAGUAAUUAUUAUUAUAAUAAAAACUACACCAAUAAUAAUAAUAAUAAUAUUAAGAAAAAAAAAAUUAAAAAAUGGGACGGGACAGAGGAAGGAAAAGAUGAGGAAAAUGAUUAUGGUAGCGUAAUGGAUAAAAAUCAAGACGUCGUGCAAAAUAAAUUAAAAGCGAAAACGUAUGAAAAAAAAGAUGAGGAUGGUAUUGAUGACGUCGAUCGUAAACGAAAUAAUACAAUGACGUAUAAUAAAACUAAUAAUAAUAAUAAUAAUAAUAAUAAUAAUAUUAGUGAUAAAACAAAGAAAAACGUGAAAUUUUCCGACUCGCAAAAUGUAAAUUCGGGUAAGCAAAUAUGUAAAGAUAAUUCUUCUGAACGGGUAGAAUUUCAUACGGCGGGAAACGUAGUUAAAAUAUCAUCAUUAUCAUCAUCACCACCACCACCACCACCAUCGGAACGACCUCGGUCUUCAUCGUGUUAUCCAAUCGGGUAUUCCGUCGCUCACCCUCCGACUUUAAAUGCUGUCACGGUGGGUCGUGGUAGAGGGUUAGGCGUGAGAACAAAAAAAAAAAAUUCGAUUCUAAUAAAUUCUAAAUUAGAUGAUAAUAAUAAUAAUAAUAAUAAUAAUAAUAAUGAUAACGAAUCCGGUGGUAGUAGUCCGACGACGAUAAAACAAUAUGAUAAAUUUAACGAAAAUUUAAUUUUCUUUCCGAGAAAGGAAAAAUUGUUUCAUAAUUGUUUCAUUUCGCCAUUGUUAAAUUCAUCGUGCGAUGAGGAAAAAAAAAAAAAAAAAAAAAAAAAAAACGCGUCGAAAAAAACUGCCGUUGUCGAUAAUAAUAAUAAUGAUAAUAAUAAUGAUGAUGAUGAUGAUGAUGAGGGACAAAUAGAGGAAAAUUCGGGGAAAAUUGUUAAAGUGCGUUGUAGAAAUAAUUUGAUAGAAAGGAAAAGCGAAACGUUCGUCGAUAGUUUAACCGUGAUGAAAAAAGUGAAAGAAAUUGUUAAUUUUGAUUUGAAUAACGCUAUUAAAAUCUUUGAAGGCAGAAACAAAGACGCGACAACAACAACGACGACGACGACAACCUCCGUCCUCCAACUCAAAAACGAAGAAAAUUGGGAAAUCGAUAAAGAAGAAUUAGAAAAAUGUAUGGCCGUACAAAAAGCUAAAAUGAUCGAAGAUGUUUUAAAAUCUAACACCACGCAGUUUAAUCGCGAAGGAACCCCCAUGUUCGAGUCCAUAAAUAAUAAUAAUAAUAAUAAUAAUACUAAAAAACCGUUAAAAAUAGAUAAUGAUGAUGAUCCGAUAGAAAAAUUACUACCGGGAAAAAAUAUUGUUAUAUCGACGUCAAUACUGAACAACACGACGGCGGAUUCCGCCGUUGUUUUCAACGAAACGAACGAAACGUUCGAUGUGGAUUUUAAAGAAUUAAAUAAAUCAAAUUAUAAAAAUAUUGAAAAUUAUGAAUUUAUGAAUCCCGACAUUUCAUCCAUUAAUAUAUCCGCAAAAACUGAUGCGAUCGAUACGAUUAUUAAUUCUGUUAAAAAACCGAUAACGAACGUUUUGGAAAUGAGAAGUGGGGAUUCCAUAUUGGUUUACGACGAAUUGACGCAAAGUUGGAAAGUUGAUUAUACGAUAUUGGAAAAAAGAGAAGAGCAAUUGAGAGAGGAAGAGGAAUUGAAUAAAAGGAGCGAAUUGAUAUUGGAAACAAUUGAAAAAAUUGAAAAGGAAACCAUUCCGAAGAUACCCAGGCCGAAUUCUCGCGAGAAAAAAAUUUUCGAUUAUGCAUCGGAAAAAUGGAAAAAUUACGAACCGUCGCAAGAGAAAACGUCGAAAACGAAACCGUUUUUUAAAGAAUCCGAUGCCGAGGAAAUACGUAAAAAAAAUUCGGAUAUGUAUAAUAAUUUGUUUGUCGUUAAUAAAAAAGAUGCCAAAUCCGAUACAAUUAGAAAGGAUGCACCCGGUUUGAAUCCGUCGAAAGUGAUUAACGAACCGCCAGACAAAAAUAUUAAUUCGGGUGUUACCAAAUAUGCUGCCGGUGAUAAAAGUGAUUCCGGGAAAACGCCUCCGAAAGACCCGCAAACACCAUUGAAAGAAGAUGGAAAGAAAAAAAAAAACGAGGGAAACGUGAUGGAAGAUGACGGGUAUUGGGGAUCGUUUUUAAGAAGAACUAUUCUUCCAUAUGAUAAACCUAUUACGAAUAAAAAACCAUCAAUUCCUCCUCCCGCCAACAACGAACAGGGAAAGAAAGAACUCCCGAGGAAAAGAAUACCAUUUUCCUUACCGAAAAUCGAAAAUCCGAUAAUUCCUCAACCCAAAGUACCACCUCCCAUGUCGAUCCCGAAAGAUAAAACCGAUCCGCCCAAACCGGCUACCACUAAUAAAACACCUCAAUCCACGAAUUAUAAAAUUAAAAUCCCAUCGAUUCCUGUUUCAUCGUGGAUUGGAAAACCCAAACCUAAAUCGAAUCCGAAAAACAAAAGCACGGAACAAGAAAAUUCGGAAAAAAAUGUCAAAAUCCCACCGACUCCUCCUAAAUCUACGGAAAAAAAUGAAAGCACUCCUCCUUCGCAGAAAGCUCCAGAAACGAAAAUCCCUCCAUCUUCGAUCCUUCCAAAUCCAUCCAAUAUAGCACCGGAAAAAAUUAUUCCAAAAACUGAAGAUUCUAAAAUUAAAUCUCCUCCAUUGUCGAAUCCUUUAGAAAAAGAAAAAACUCCACAGGUCUCGAAUAAACCAGAGACGACUCCAAAUCCUAACGUUAAUCCUCUUCCUCCUCCUCCUCCUUCUCCGCCCAAUCUUCCAAAGCCAUCAAAUCCAGUACCGGAAAAAGUUUCAAAAUUUUCAAUCAUAACAGAUCGUUUUAAACCGAAAACUACACCGAGUACACAAGAAAAGCCUCCAACCCCACCACCACCGUCACCCCCGAUUAUUCAAAAUCCAAAUAAUCCUUUAGAUAAAACUCCUUCGACUUCGUCCACGCCUCAACCACCGGCAAAGCCUCCACCUUCACCACCACCAAUCAUUCAAAAACCAAAAAAUCCUUUAGAUAAAACUCCGCCAAGUUCUACCACGCCGCCUACCUCGCCUCAACCACCACCAUCAACUACUCCAAAUCCGAAAAACCCUCCUGAUAAAACUCUUCCAACAACUCCAACCCCUCCCAAAUCAUUAAAUCCGGAAAAAAAUUCGGAUUCCCCUAAAAUUUCCCAAAGUACAACAGGGGUGAAAACGUCACCCAGCUCCGAUUCGCCUAAGGCUUUUUGCUCCGAUCAGAGCGUGACGUCAACGGUAAAAGAAUCAACAUCUGCUGAAAAUAAUCAAUCGAAAGCGUCUGAACUACCCCCAUCGGUCGAUCCACCGCAAACAAAUUCGGAAAAUUCAAAAUUAUGUCAAACGAUAAAAACUCCUAAUCAAGAUAAUUCACCAUUAAAAAUAUACAAUUCCGUUAAUAAUAAUAAUAAUAAUAAUAAUGAUAAACAAGGGUUAGAAAAUCAAACGAGUAAAAAUGUGACGAAAAAAUCAUCCGAACAUUACAUAUCGGAAAAUAUACUUGAAAUGUCAAAAAAUAAUUUGAAGGAAUUCAAUUCGAAAGUGAAAAAUAAUAAAGGGGAAACGGUUAAAUUGAAUAUAACGACGGAUAAGAGAACGCCAUCGAAAAUCAUAGAAAUAAAUUUGAAUAAAAAAUUCGGGGAAAAUUUGAAUGGGAAAAAAAAAGACGCGUCGGAGAAAAAAUCAAAAAAAAAUGUCGAGUCUAAUAAAAAAACGGUUAAAGAAUCGGAGAAAAAAAUCAAAGACGCACACGAAAAUAGGAAAUUUUAUAAAAAAUUUGAAAAAUAUAAAACGCCCUUCAGCGAUCCGGAUUACGAAGAAAAAUCCCUGAAAAUCUAUUCGGAUACGGAAAACAAUCCGAAUUUGAAAAAGUUAAAUAAUUGGAAUAAAACGUUGGUUUUGCAAGAUGUCACGAAACCGUCGGAAAGCAUCGAAACGUGGUUGAAAGACGAAACGGAUAAAAUGGCGACGUUAUUACUCAAAGUGUUACAAGAAGCCGCGGAUAGCAAACCGAAAAAAAAACAAACUCAAAUAAAAAGCAAAGGGGUGACGGGAAACGCGACGAACAAAGAUAAUCCGUAUGAUAACAUAAGGAAAAAACAAGAGAAAAAUCCGGAAAAUUUUUUAAUCAAAGUACGAUCCUCCGUCAACAUCGGUUUGGAUUCGGAUAAAAAUUAUAAAAUAAUCGAAGGAGCAAAGGGAAAAAUAAAAACGAAAUCGUCGGGGAAAAACGUUAGGGGAGUGUCGCUACCCGUACAAUCGGGACAAUCAUCCGAAAUCGUCGUCGAUGACAACGGGAAAACGUCAACGGAAAAAAAAACAACGCUCCCAUCGGUAUCAUCAUCAUCAUCAUCAUCUUCUUUGAAACCGUCACAAAACGAGGGACAACAAAUAUGUUACAACGAACUUAAAUCCGAAGUAAACAUGAACACUUUGGCACCUAGUUUUUUAACAAAAGAUCAUACGGUACCUAAAAUUUUCAGCGAUUUAACAGAUGAAAUACCUGGACCGGAAAUAUUAAAGAAAAUAUCAAGCGCGUGGAAAUGGUUUCCGGUAAUCGGUUCUCAAUUGACCAUAUUCACACUCUUUAGAUCUUUUCAAUUAGUGAGUUUGAGUUCCGCCAUUUUUUCUUCUGAUGAAAUGUGUAAAAAAAAAAAAAAACAAUCCCUGAAUAAACUUUUCAAUAAAUACGGACCUAUAGUAAACCUUCAGGGACCCCUGAGCGGAAACAUAAUACUACUUCAUAAACCUGAACAUUUAUCAGCUGUUUUCGAACAGGAUUCACUUCCGUUCAUAAGAUCAGUUUUGGAUUCAUUGGAAUUAAGCAGACAAGAAGCAGAAGAAAAAAUAAGCAUCGCUCUACCCACUGAUUGGAAUACUCCAGAAUGGAAUCAUUUGAGAAAAUUAACAGCGGAUUCAAUGAUAUUAGAAUACGAUAAAUUUUUCGAAUUUGUCGAUCUCGCUGGAGAUUCUCUCAUAAGCGUUAUAAAACAUUGUAAAAACGGUCAAAAUACAGUCUCGGAUGAUUUCAUGGAAGAAAUAAAAAGAUGGAGUCUGGACGGUUUAUCUCGAGUUUUAUUUACGAAAUCGUUAAGCUUAUCAGAAUCGAAAAAUUGGAAUUCGAAUACUUUAUACGAACCUGAUAAAUUAUUUAACGCCGUACAAGAAGCGAGUAAUUAUUUAACGAAAUGCGAAAAAGGUUUUCAACCCUGGAGAAUAAUGGUUACGCCAUCUUUGGUCGGAUUAGGACAAGCUUAUCGUACAUUAUCAACAAUAUUAUCGAAACAAUUAUAUCAAGCGGAAAUGAGUUUAAAACAUAAAAAUGACGUUUUGAUAAAAAGCGGGGGUCAGACGAGUAAUAGUAAUAAUAAUAAUAAUAGCGAACUUACCUUAAUUGAAAAUAUGUUGCUCUUCGAUGGAAUGACAUCCGAAGAAAUAACGUGCAAUCUUAUUGACAUCCUUAUUUUAGGAAGCGGAGUCGCGUCAUCAGCUCUAGGAUUUUUACUCUAUCAUUUGGCACAAAAUGUGAAAGCGCAACAGAAAUUAUCGAAAGAGGGAAAGGAAAUAUUGCCGGAAAAAACGACGAAAUUAAACAUACAAAAAUUACAUUCAAUGAAAUACAUGCAGGCGUGUAUUAAGGAAAGCAUGAGAUUAAACACACCGUAUCCGUUAUUUUUUAGACUUUUACAAAACGACAUAUUCAUAUCGAAUUACAUCGUACCAAAAGGGACGUACGUCGUCAUGGAUUCAAGAGUUUUCGGUAUGAGAGAGCAAUUUUUCGAAGAACCUGAUAAAUUCAUACCUGAAAGAUGGUUAAACGAUGAUAAGUGGAUGCAAAACGCACACGCUUUCUCAUCUUUUCCUCUCUGUCACGGUCCGAAAUCGGAUUUGAUAAAAAGAAUAAUCGAAAUGCAAUUGUGCGCAUGCGUUGCCAAGGCACGUUAUCAAUUAAAAAUGUCCGUUAAAAAAAAAACCAUAAUAAGAAACUUUGAAAUAGAAUAUCAUUUUGGUGAAAUUGUCGGAACGGAAAAUUUCAUAUCGUUUCCGGAAAAACCGUUAAAAUUAAAUUUUAUCGAUAGAAACGAUUAA